AUGGAAUCAGAGUUUGGAUUAGAAACAUAUCUCGGCGAUAGAACUUUGAAAGUUCCUUGUAUACUCAAAGAGUUAUAUUCAGAUUUUAUUGUUCAAGAAAUAUUAGAAGAUGGAACUGUGCUACGGUUUUUGUCAGAUCAAGAAAUCAGAGCUCAAAACAAAGUUGUAAAAGUUGAUGAUAGCCUGGAUGUCUCUAUACCAGUGCCUUCUUUCAUAACUGAAGAAGUCUUAUCGGAUCUUGAUAGUUUACUACAAACUGAAUCUGAAAAAACUUCAGUUGAUAUUUUAACCACUGACCUGGCUAAAGAUGAAAGAAAAUCCAUACACGGUUUCGUGCGUUCUCGUUAUCGCGGAAAGUUACAAUCUGAAACUAGUCAAAACAAGAUUGUGGUAACCCUGGAUGAUCCAAAGAAAAGAAAACGUUGGCAUCCAGAUACCCCAAGUCAUUGCCAUUUCACUCUUGCCAAAGAAAAUAAAGACACAAGCUUCGCACUGAGCUUGAUUGCGAAGUUUCUUCAUAUGAAACCCAGCGCUUUCCGUUCCCAUGGCAUUAAAGAUCGAAGAGCCGCUACGACUCAAAGGAUCAGUUCGGGUAGAAUCGAUAAGUCACGACUUUUAUCUUUGAAUAAUCGUCUUAAAGGAGUCAGAUUGUAUGACUUCGAAUUCAAAAGCUCUGAUUUGAAAAUGGGAGGCCAUAGUGGAAAUAGAUUCUCAAUAAUUCUUAGGAGUAUCAACCCAGAACACAAAAAUGUUCUCGAAGAACGGCUAAAUGAGAUUGGCAAACAAGGAUUUCUGAACUAUUUUGGAACUCAACGUUUUGGUUCUUGCGAUAGGAAUACUGCUACUGUUGGAAAAUACAUUCUACAGCGUAAAUGGGAGCUUGCUGUUCGUUAUAUCUUCAGCGAUGUUGUCUCUGAUUCUGCUUAUACCGUAGGCCACGAGGAUCCCCUGAAUAAUCUGAAAUAUGUGGGGAAACCAAUAGCUGCUAAUUCUAUCGAAAGCAUGAUACAGAAAUGCCUUUCAAACGGUGGAACAUGGCAACAGUGCAUAACUGAAGCUAUUCCGAUGAAUAUGCGCAGUUUAUAUGUUCAUGCGUAUCAAUCUCUUUUAUGGAAUCAAGUGGCUUCUCGAAGGAUUAAAUUGAGCCCAGAUUCUUGCAUUGAAGGAGAUAUGGGAUCCGAUGGCAAACUCUUGGGAGAGAAUGCCUCAAUUUUCGAUGUUUAUAUUCCACUGCCUGGAGGAAUGACGACUUUUGACUCUAACUAUGCCAAUGACUGGUAUAAAGAUCUCUUAGCCAAGGACGACCUUACUUUCGAAUCUUUCGUCAGUCUUGAAGAUCGCUUUGCACUUGGUGAUUGUGUGAGAGCUUUCAUAGCAAAACCUAUCGAUUUGUCUUGGAAGUUUUAUAAUUACACUCAGCCACGAUGCUACCUGCAGGAUGGUUUGUCAACCAAAGCAAUUCCCGAGUCAGAGAGAGUAGGCCCAAAUCUGGCACUGCAAGUACAAUUCAGUUUGGUUCAAGGCUUAUAUGCUACUGUUUUAUUACGCCAAAUAACGGGUAUUGACAUGGGGAAGUCUAAUAUGAAAGAGCUUUGUCGUCAGAAUGGAACGUUGGAUAAUGAUCCAGAAGAUGCUGAAGCUGCGGAUGACAUCGAGGAGAAUGUAAUCCUGGAUCCAACACCUUAA